AUGACUGAUUUGGUCUUGCACCCUCCUCGCCCUCGCCUUUACUUGGUGUUUCCUGCAGCAUCUCAAAUCCCCCCUCCUCUCCUUUCCCUGGUGUUUCCUGCAGCAUCUCAAAUCCCCCCUCCUCUCCUUUCCCUGGUGUUUCCUGCAGCAUCUCAAAUCCCCCCUCCUCUCCUUUCCCUGGUGUUUCCUGCAGCAUCUCAAAUCCCCCCUCCUCUCCUUUCCCUGGUGUUUCCUGCAGCAUCUCAAAUCCCCCCUCCUCUCCUUUCCCUGGUGUUUCCUGCAGCAUCUCAAAUCCCCCCUCCUCUCCUUUCCCUGGUGUUUCCUGCAGCAUCUCAAAUCCCCCCUCCUCUCCUUUCCCUGGUGUUUCCUGCAGUAUGCGUGCGCACAGCACAUGAAACACUGCGGCUUCCCCACCCUCCCAUCCUUUCUCAUCCAGGAUAUUCUCCUUCUUUAAAGCUAAACUUUCUAGGCUGGCUGUCUGCUUCUGCCCUCUCUCUCCUCUCCCCUAACGCUUGCAGACCUGCUUCCUCUCCAUUGCCCCCUGGUGUGGACGAUCGGGUGGUGGUCGAGGUUUUUGCAGCAGGUGGCAAGGAGUUCACCGCCAUUGUGUUGGAGUCAUCAGCAAAAGCAGAAGCAGCUGGGAAUGGCACCCGCGGUGCAGUGUGCCUGAUCCCCACGCAGGUGGAGUUGACAGCUUUUGCUUCUUCUCCUGCCACGGCAGCAGCAGCAGGAUCGGAAGGCGCUGAUUCUGACAGUGACAGCAGUGGGGAUAUCUUCGACUAUCGACGGAAAUACCUUCCCACUCACUUCCAUCCUCUCCUCUCCCUCCUCUUGUUUUCCUUCUCCCCUCCCUUGCUUGCCCCCCUCGUCUCCUCUCCCCCUCCUCUUCCUCCCCCACCAAAGAGGUUCUCUACUCCACGCCGCCUCGCUUCCCCCCCUCCAUCCUCGCCUCCCUCCGUGCCUCAGCCACUCGCCACUUCUCCUCCCUCUCCCUCCGAGACUGCGCCCGCCUCGACAGAUGGUUCCUCUUGCUCUCUGCCUUACCCCUCCCUACCUACCUCCCCAAGCCAGCCUCCUUCCCACGCUCGUCCCUGUAUAUUCCCCCAUACCCAGUUUUGUCUGUCUUGCCCCCCUCUCUCCCCCCCUCCAACACAGGUUCUCUACUCCACGCCGCCUCGCUUCCCCCCCGCCAUCCUCGCCUCCCUCCGCGCCUCAGCCACGCACCUCUUCUCCUCCCUCUCCCUCCGCGACUGCGCCCGCCUCGACGGAUGGUUCCUCCCACCUUCCUCCCCGGCUUACACCCGCGUGCUGGCGGGGCUAAGGGCUAGUAGCAGAUUAAGAGGCGGCAGCAAAGGGGAGAACGAUGAGGGGGAUAAAGAGGCAGCUAAUAACGAGGAUAACCAGGAGGGGGAGGAGUAUAAGGAGGGGAUCGUGGUUUUUUCGGAUGUGAAUAUUGUUAGCGGGAUGGAGCAGACCUCGUUUCUCUUCCAGCAGGCUGCGUUGGUCGGCCUCUCCCACUCCCUCAUCCUCAGAUACGACCUUCCCCUCCCCCUCCACCCCUCUCCGGCUUCUCCUGCCGUCGAGAGAGAGGGAGAGGAGGGAGGUGGAGGCGAGGCAGGUGUGUCUGGAGGGGGGCGGCAGCUGGUGUGGGUGUUAUUCGGGGGCAGCACAGCGGAGCGACAGGUGUCUCUCAUCAGCGGAACCAACGUGUGGCUCAAGCUGAGGGCGUGCCCGCAGCCCCUCGCGUUUCCCCUCUCUCAUGACCUGUGCCCCCCCUUCUCCUUUGACGUGCAACCGUUCCUCCUGUCUCCGUCGCACGACAGCAGCAGCAACACUGCUGGGAGCAGCGGCACCAGCGGUGACACCGCUGGGUUUGACGUGCAACCGUUCCUCCUGUCUCCGUCUCACGACAGCAGCAGCAACACUGCUGGAAGCACCAGCAGCAACAGCUCAGGCAACGGCCCGAGCCCCGGGUCUCUCUCAUUGAGCGAACGAGCGGCGUGGGCCGCUGAAGUUGACACUGUCUGGUCCCUCCCGUACCCUGCAAUCCUGAGACACACAGUAGAGGAAGUCGAGGCGGCUUGCAUCGAGUUUCUUCUCCCCGUACCUCCAACUCAACCCACUUGUUUACUCAACCCGUCUGACCUAGCAGCAUACGUCACAGCAUUCAGGGAUGCGGCUCCUCGCUUAAUGCCUGGCCAGCUCUCUACGCUAUGUGGAGUAGUGGAGAUGCAUCUUCCUGUGUGGGAUAGUGGAGAUGCCUGUUCGCCCCCCAACCCAUCUGCUCUUCGAACCUUUUAUCGAAACAGACCCCAUUUGACCGCUGCCAACCCCACAGCAAGAGAACCAGCAGCGGGCACGUGUGACAAUAACGAGGGGUUGGUGUGGGAGGGCAGGCGGCGGUGGGUGGUGGUGACUGUAGGGGUGGUGGGGCACCGGGGUAAGAUGAGGGCCCUGGCCCCGAGUGUGACUGUAAAGGAGGCUGGAGAUGUGCUCACUCUGGAGGAGAAGUUCCAAGGUGGCACUGGCAUCAAUCUCACUCCCCCUCCAACGUCCAUCAUCAGUGCAAGCGGCCAGGAGGAAGGGCGGAGGCGCAUUGAGAUGGUGGCCAGUGCUCUCAACAUCGACGGUUGCAAGAGCGCAGGAGGAGGGCGGAGGCGCAUUGAGAUGGUGGCCAGUGCUCUCAACAUCGACGGUGUCACUCUUGGUGGCCUAGGAAGCAAGCAUCUGUCUAUGUGUUCUUGCUUGCCUCUUUCUACCUCCCCUGCCAGUGCAAGAGCGCAGGAGGAGGGGCGGAGGCGCAUUGAGAUGGUGGCCAGUGCUCUCAACAUCGACGGUGUCACUCUUGCUGGCCUAGGAAGCAAGCAUCUGUCUAUGUGUUCUUGCUUGCCUCUUUCUACCUCCCCUGCCAGUGCAAGAGCGCAGGAGGAGGGGCGGAGGCGCAUUGAGAUGGUGGCCAGUGCUCUCAACAUCGACGGCCUCAAUAUGCUGGCCUAG